AUGAUGUCCUCAGCGACGUCUGCAGGUCUUCCAGUUUUCCAUGGGACGGUCGGGUGCAGCUCCCCUCACUUCAGGAGAUGUGCGAGAAGUGCGGAUGCCGCCGAUGCCAAUCAGUUGAGAGUCAACGUCUUCAGCCGACUGUCUAUUGCGAUGAGCUGGUCGAUGGAGCUCCCCUCGCUUCAGGUCCGGUGCAGUCAACGUUCGUCCACCCCAGUCGCGAAGAGACCGGUCGAUGGAGCUCCGAUCGCUUCAGGUUGUUGCUUUGACCUGCCUUCGAACUGCUUGGUCAGCUUGCCCCACGUCUCCAAUGAGCGUCAGGUCCGAUAG